AUGAAACACCCUGUAUAUAGGGGGAGCUUCGGCUUUCGGGGAGAGACGACCACGCGUACCCUAGUCGACCACCGAUCUAGGAUAGCAACCUGGAUCGUGUGUGGAAUAAGAAAUGCUCUCGCAAGUCAUAGUAAUACUCAGGGCGGCGGGGAGCUGCGGGCUGGCUCCCUUCGGAACCGUCCAGAGGAUCAGCUCGACGGAGGAUCAGGUGGGGUGAGCGGCGCCUACCUCCGUUCUGGUACCGUAAGGCAACGUCCUGCUCAAACAAGUGAAGGUGAAGAUGGUUUGGCCGUAUCUUUGGAUCGUCCCACCACUAGCCAACAACAACAAACGCACCAGGACAGGCGUAUGCGCUGGACACACGUCGACAACUCGACUGCAAUACGCGCACACUUUAUAGCUGAAAUAUGGAACAACAUGAGACCGGAUAGAAGAACAUACGCCCAACACAAAGCAAACAGAGUGCGUUGGAUAUUAGACGAAGAAAAACUACCGAGGACAGAACUUAGGAUGAUAGAAAGAACGUGCUGGCCGGACAGAAUUUUGAGAGAAGAUAACACCGAGAUCCCCCCAGUAUGCGACCAUCAUGAAGAACAGGAAACCACAGAGGACAACGAAAAUGUGCGGGGAGAAGACACUGACCCUCAGGAUCAGAUUAGAACAAUUUUCAACAGAAACCUGAUUAAGUUCAGUGGAAUGGAUCCAAAAAGCAGACAAAAAAUACCACGACUUAAAACAAAUAAAAAGCUCAUUGAAGACGUUAAAGCACUAGAUAAUAUUUUGUCUAAACUUUUGAAGAGGGAUGACACUUUAAUAGAGGUGGUGGAAUUGGUCUAUGCCGGUGCUAUUACUGUUGCUGAACUUCAGGGUACAACAUCUAACAACCCAGAACGACCCAGUGGCGAUCCACCAUGGAAGAAGCGCCUAGAAAGAAAUAUUAAUCAACACAGGAGUAAACUGGGUAUUAUACAAACUAACCUUUCCACGCAGCAGCCGUCCAGAAAAGUCUUGAGGUCCGUGGGGAUGAUAGCCAGAGAGUGUAAACUCAGAUUCACGGCGGAUGACUUCCGUAGUAAGAUCAAGGUAACUGCAGAUAACCUAAAACAAGAAAUAAAGGCCUUAGGAUCAAGAUUGAGGCGCUAUAAUGAAAGAACUAAGAGGUACAAGAACAACCGUCUAUAUUACGUUAACCAAAAGGAAUUUUUUCGCAAUCUGGAGGGGAAAGUGAACACUGCAGGCCCACCAUCCACACGGGAGGCAAUGGAGGGCUUCUGGAAGGGGAUAUGGAUCGAGGAGGUCAAUCACGAUGAGGGUGCUGAUUGGCUGCGUGAGAUUGAGGAUCAGUCGAGGGUAGAGAUGAUGCGAGAAAUUCAAAUAGAUGUGGCGGACGUAGAAUGGGUUUUGAAGUCCACGAACAACUGGGCCGCACCGGGUGUUGACAACAUCCACAAUUUCUGGUGGAAACACUUCAGGUCUGUCCACUCUAGCCUUGCUCGCCUAUUCCAACAACUUCUAGAGAAACCUGAGCUGGUCCCAGGCUUUAUGACUGCUGGACUGACAUAUAUGUUGACCAAAGGAGCCGAAUCAAAAGAUCCAAAAAACUACAGACCGGUUACAUGCUUGCCGACCAUUUACAAACUCCUCACAGGAGUACUCACCCGGCACAUCAACAACCACGUGAGAAGCCACAACAUCUUGGCAACUGAACAAAACGGAUGCAAAUCCAAAGCAAUGGGUGCCAAAGAACUGUUGAUAACGGAUGUUAUCAUCUCGAAACACGCAAGAAAAAAGCUACGUAACAUCUCGGUAGCGUGGGUGGACUAUAAAAAAGCGUUUGACUCGGUACCCCACACUUGGCUGCUCAAGGUUCUGAGUAUGUACGGAGUAUGUGGCUCAGUAAUAAAUCUCCUAAAACACCUAAUGAGCGAAUGGCGAACCUCGCUGAUUCUGAAAACUGGGGCUACUAUAAUUAAAACAGCUGGCAUCGCAAUCAGACGGGGUCUAUUUCAAGGGGACUCACUUAGCCCCUUAUGGUUUUGCCUAGCAUUAAAUCCUCUCAGCACGCUCAUCAAUGAACAGAAAUAUGGAUACAUCCUAGACAAAAACAGAAAGAUCAAAAUAACCCAUCAACUAUAUAUUGAUGAUCUCAAAUUAUAUGCGUCCAAUGAAGAACAACUUGAAAAAAUGUUAGAGAUCGUGGCAACAUUUAGUGAGACCAUAAGAAUGGAGAUGGGGCUAGACAAGUGCGCAAGGCUAAAGGUCAAAAGGGGAAAAAUAUCUGAAAAUGAUUCCAACAUCUUGAAUCCAAAUGCCAUUCAGAACCUCGGCAUGGAUGAAACCUAUACGUAUCUAGGUAUACAGCAAGCUCUAGAAAUUAAAAACGCUGAAAUGAAGGAAGCCUUUAGUGAGAAACUAUUUCAUCGGGUGAACCAAGUGCUCAAGUCCAAACUGAAUUCGAAAUCAUUGUUUCUAGCCUUGAACACAUGGGCAUUGCCCAUAAUGACGUACACCUUCGGGGUACUUACAUGGUCGACUACAGAACUGCAGGCUUUGGACACGAAGAUCCGCACCAUUUUGACGAAAUACGGAGUACAUCACCCUCACUCAUCCGUGGCAAGACUCUAUCUCCAAAGACAUCUAGGGGGAAGAGGGAUGCUUAACCUAGAAACAUCACAUAACAAAUCCGUAAUAAAACUAAGGGAAUACUUCAUGAAGCAGAACUUACCCUUUGUCAGAGCACUUCGUUCGGUAGAUGUAGGAUGCUCCCCAUUACGGCUAUCGGAUUCCGACUUCGCGCUGCCGAUUCGCACUCAGCAAAACCUGCAGGAGGAAUGGAAAGCUAAGGUAUUACAUGGUAGAUACCCUAAUAAUUUAGACAACAGCAAUGUGAAUAAAAAAGAAUCCUUAACUUACCUUAAGGCGGGCUACCUGUUUCCUGAAACUGAGGGCAGGCUGCUUGCAAUACAGGAUCAGGUGAUUCCUACCAGGUCUUACCUCAAAAACAUAGCGGGGCAACAACUUACCUCUGAUCUAUGUAGAAAAUGCAAGCUGGGACGUGAACACAUCCAACAUGUUACGUCUGGUUGCUCAAUCCUCGCUCCGAGAGAAUACACGGAUAGACACAACCAAAUGGCAAAAGUUUACCAUCAGGCCAUGGCACUGAAAUUAAAACUAAUCAAAACUAAGAGAAAAAAUCAUCUAUUCUCACCUGAGAAUGUCCUCGAGAACGAAGAAUUUAAAUUAUAUUGGGACACCACGAUGGUGACGGACAGGCCAGUGGCAAAUAAUCGACCGGAUAUCGUCUUACUGAACAAAACUGAAAAAACCUGUGAGAUCAUCGAUAUUACGGUUCCUUCAGACGACAAUAAUUCAAGGGCAUACACUGAAAAAAUUACAAAAUACUUCGAUCUGUCGUUCGAACUAAAGGAAAUGUAUAAGCUCAAGAAAAUAUCUAUUAUCCCACUGGUGAUGUCGGUCAACGGACUCGUAGAGGAACAUCUUGUUGAUAACACAAAGAUGUUGGAACUUGACAUCUAUGUUGUUUCGAGUGCCCAGAAGGAAGCCAUACUGGGCACUACACGUAUCGUAAGGCGCUUCUUUCAUAGCUCUUGA